AUGUUCUCAUAGCGAUUGGGGCUGUAAUGAUGUUUGUGGGGUUCCUUGGUUGUUAUGGAGCUAUUCAAGAAUCUCAGUGUCUCUUAGGAAUGUUCUUCACAUGUUUAGUGAUCCUCUUCGCCUGUGAGGUGGCAGCAGGAAUAUGGGGGUUUAUUAACAGGGACACGAUCUCCACUGAGCUCAUUAACUUCUAUGAUGCUGCAUACAUUAAAGCUGUUGAUCCUGUGGACACAACAUCCAGACAGGCAGCUUCCAAAGUUCUGGAGGUCUUCCAUGACUCACUGGAUUGCUGUGGUAAAGGGGAUGAAAAUCAACUUUUCACAGUUGUCCAGGCCUCUCUGUGUCCCAAAAAGACAUUCCCACUUGACCCGCUCAUCUCCCAGAGUUGCCACACGAAGCUAAGGGACCUGUUCACUGAGAAACUCCAUGUCAUUGGAUUGGCCGCCCUAGUGAUUGCUGUCAUUAUGGUUUUUGAGAUGAUCUUCACCAUGGUCCUCUGCUGCGCAAUCCGCAAUGCUCCUGCAUAUUGAGUUGCUGGAUGAUGACCAGCCUGAUCAACAAUGUUUGAUUUUGGUAGUGAUGGGCAGGAGGCCAUUUCACUUUUGCCUUUCCUCUCUUUUCAAGUUCAAGUGUCCACACACUGAACAUUGAUCCCUGUGUUUGUAGAGAGGACUUCCUAUGUGAAUACAUCAGAAUACAACACCAAGGGCUAUUAUAAAUAAACCAGUAACCAAUAUCAGGGAGGAGGAAGAAUGUGAUUGACAGUAAUAUGGAUAACUUUGCCUUUAUGUUGUAUUGUUUUACUUUUAUUUAAUCAUUUUAUUAAAUUUGCUCUUAUGGUCUGUUGUUCAACUUUUAGUAAUAAAAGUGCUUCAGCACACUCUUUAAGCGUGUGUGCGUGCUUGUUUGUGAAGUAAAUCAUUGUUAUGUUUAUAGAGAGAUAAAUGUUACCCUAUGAAUCCAUUAUGCAACAAGUCAAUUUGUGUCUUCUGAGAAUGCAUAUCGUACAUUAGACUUUACCAGCCCAUAAUGAUGAUGUCAUGAUAAUCCAAUGAUAACUCACAUGAAACAAAUCAAACUUUACCCAAUGAGCCUGUGGUAUUUUUUAUUUUGU